CAGUGGAAGCAGGAAGGGAAUAAUGGCACAAACGUCGAGAUGUUAGCGGACUAGUCGCUGAAAGCGCAGUGAAAACAGUUUAACUGCGCCAAACACUAAUCUGGAGAGAAUAAAUGGCAUAGCUAGCGCGAAUAUGACUAUUUUAAUGAAACGCACGAGUGUUUAACUGCGCUUUUGAGUCUUGUUGCAAAGCUAUCUGGAUGCUAGCUAAAAUAGGCUAAGAUAAGCUAAGCUAAGCUAUCCAGAAUUGUGGUCGAACCAGCAGGAGCGUUUCUUGCCAUUACCUUCCAUAUAUCUAUGCCAACAUAUAUCUACAUAUUUAUUAGAUAUUCUGCUGCACAGAGCCUUGUUUGAAGCCAUACAGGAGUAGCCAGAUAGCAAGCGAGCAUGGGGCGCGAGCCGUUACCACGUCAUACUGCAUUAGAUUAUAAAGCGACAAAAGGAGUCGAGCAGUCGCGUGAGCCGCCGCCGGACCGGCUGUCGUGGACUCUGACCGGAGCAACAGUCGCGUGUGUGACGGCACUGUACGUCCCCCGUGUUCAGCGGACCGCACCCGGCGGAGACUCCGGAGAGCUGAUCACCGCUGCUUGUGAGCUGGGGGUGGCGCACCCUCCAGGCUACCCUCUCUUCACCAUGCUGGCCUCCCUGGUGCUGCACCUGCUUCCUGCCACUUCUCCAGCACACAGCGUGGCUGUGCUGUGCGCCCUGCUGGGCGGCGUGGCCAGCGGGGCCCUCUGCUACACCGUCUGCAGAGUGGCGGGGCCCGGCCCUGGAGCUGUGCUGGCUGGGGGGAGCUUCGCCGCGUCCAGGCUGGUGUGGAAGUGGUCACUGGUGGCCGAGGUCUUCUCCCUCAACAACCUGUUUGUGGGGCUUCUCUUUGCCCUUUCGGCCUGCGUCCAUAAUGCAGAGAGUGUGGCUCAUAAGAGAAAGUUGGCCCAGUGGGGGGCGCUGUGCUGUGGCCUGGGCCUGUGUAACCAGCACACUCUGGUCGUGUACGUGCUCGUCAUCGUUCCCUGGGCUCUGCUCCAGCUCUCAGCUCCCAGCGUGCUGAGCGUGUGGGACGUGUUUGGUCUGGGGCUGUGGUUUUCGGCCGGGUUCUUGCCCUACCUCUACCUGCCCGUCUCCUCGUAUGUGAACAUGGCCCGCUGGAGCUGGGGCGACCAGACCACCCUGGCCGGCCUGCUCACACACCUGCUCCGGGCCGAGUACGGCACCUUCAGCCUGGCAAAGUCAGAGGCGGGCGUUUCCAUGGCGCACAUGCUGCAAGCUCAUUUGAAUCACUGUGUAGCUGACCUGUCACUGCCUGUGCUGGCGUUAGCAGGGGUGGCCCUGCUACAAGCUUCCUGGAAAAGGAGGCGCUGUUCCUUAGUGUGGCUGAUAGCGGUCAUGGUGAGUCUGUACUCUGUGUUCUUUGCCUGGAGAGCCAACCUGGACAUUGAGACACCCCUGCUGCUUGGAGUGAGUUCAUGUGUAUGUCUGCAUGUGCAGGUGGAGCGGUUCUGGCUGCAGGCUGAUGCGGGGAUGUGUGUCCUGGCUGGGGUCGGGCUCGGUUGGAGUGUGAGCUGGUUGCAGCGGCGUCUGGCGGGGGGUGCUGUGUGGACUGCAGGGGCCUGGCUCCUUACUGCUGGGCUGCUCUCACACAUGAUCCACUCCAACCACAGAGAAUGUGAUCAGAGCAGUAAUGAUGUUGUGGAGAAGUUCGCACGUGAGGUCGCGCUCUCAUUCCCAGAGGACUCUCUGGUGUUGACGCGGGGGGAUCUCCCUGGCAACACCCUCCGCUACCUGCACUACUGCCAGGCCCUGCGGCCUGACCUGAGCCUUGUUGACCAGGAGAUGAUGACGUACGGCUGGUACGUGGCUAAACUUCGGCGCCACCUUCCUGGCGUGAACUUCCCCGGGCGUCUCUGGAACCUGGAUCCUGCCGAAGACAGCGACGGUUUCACCAUCGAGCGCUUUCUCCAGCACAACACCCAUAGGCCCGUGUUCGCGUGUAUUGGUUUGUCGGAAGGGGACCCGAGCUGGGAGAGGACUUUCUCCCGCUGGCCAUGGGGGGUCUGUGAGCAGCUGGUGCCAGUUACGCGCCGCUUGCACCCCGAGGAGUGGGCACGGAGCACGCAGCGCCUGUACAACUGGAGGCAGCCCCACGACAGUUUCCCGCUUGGCUCGUGGGAGCGUGUGGCCAACGAGGAGAUGUGGCAAGCCAGGAUGAAAAUGCCAUUUUUCCUCUUUGACCUCGCGGAGAGACUGGAGGGUAGCGGCCAGACUCGCCUCUACGAGCUCUCCUAUGACCUUUAUUGUCAAAUUGUGGAUGCCCAAGCUGACUAUCCAGCCAACUGGGAUAAGAAUCUGGCCCUGGCAGCAGAGCGCUUGCUUCGCUUGGGGGGCGGGCGGCACAGGCCAGGCUCCCUCCUGAGCCGUAGUAUCCACCACUUCAGCCGCUAUGUGCAACGGGAGCCCGCGGACCCCCAGAGUGGCGCCAUCCGCUCCGCUAUCGCCCACCUCAGCACGGAGAGGGACAGACUCCGAGCCUCUGAGAGACAGACGAACACUGGACGUCUAUGAACCUGUUUAAAAAACCCCAAACACACACACACACACACACAAAACUAUGUUGCCGGCAGGCAGAACACAAGCGGAAAGACUGACUGAUGCCACACAGGUGGGAAUAUGUUUACACACUGUUAAGACAGGUAUGACGAUGUGUGAUAUUUCAGGUAUGAUCGUGUGAAGUAAGCGGAGACGAUGCAAGGAUGAGGGUCCCCCUCUCAGUGUGGUACUGGGAGAUCAUAUCCUGGGGUUUGCUGUAACACCGCGCGUGGAGGGGCUUUGUUUUACCGUACCACUACCUUGCCUGACUGAUGUAAUGGGCUGUGGGUUUGGCUCUCAUCUGUCCAUGUCCUUAAAGCCGCACACUGGGACCGUAAAGCUAUUCUGUUUACGUCGACUUCAUGGUGCACACACGCUGACUCUUGAAGACGGCUAAUAUUGGGUGCCUCAAGAAGCUUAGAGGGAAAAAAACAAGUAAACUGGUGUACGAGUGGUUUUGUUGUCAUUUUAACGUGUGACUGUGAUUAUGUAAACAAAAUCAGGUUUCAGAACAAAGUAUUGCAAAUAACCUAAUGACCUUUGACCUUGCGCAGACAGUGCUGACAGCGCAGUCAUUGUCGCCUGAGGAGUUGGGAGGUGUGUUACGGUAAUGUCCAAGUGUAACAUCUGAGAUGCUGGUAGUCUACUGUGAGGUGAAGCUGGUUGAGGUAACACUUUUAUAAAUUGUUUUUUAAUCUACAGCACUUUUGGUCUGAAAUAAAGCUGAUAUGUUCAUUUGCGUUGGA